ACUACUUAACGAGAGAAAACAAGCCGAAAGCAAGAAAGUAGACCAAGCAAAAAAAGAGGCGGAAGACGAAAUUAACCAAAAAAACAGCAAAAUAGCCGAAGAACAAAAUAGAGCUAACAAGUUAGAGAAAUCAUUGGAAGAGGAAAAAAAAUUGCGGCAAGACCAAGCAACGGAAUUAGUAGGAUUAGCCGAGGAGUUAGAAGCAUUAAGAACAACCAAAGAUGAUGAGUUAGCCAUUCGCGAAUUAAAAAUUAAAAGUGAUGCGGAAUUAUUAGGAGCAAGCGAAGCAGCAAUAAUCGAAGCCGAGAAAAAAGAUGAAAUCCAAGAACGAUUAAUUAAGGCUGAAAACCAGUUAAGCGAACUAAAACUUACCAACCAAGAUUUAACCAGCGAUAAGCAAGCAUCCGUCGCGAAAAUUGAGGAACUUACCAGCCAAAUUGCUAUCUUAACUGCCGAAUUAGGAACUAAUGAAGAGCGGAAUGAGGAAGCCCGAGAGCAAAUUGACAAGUUGAAUAAUAACCUCACUACUGAAAAAGAAAAUGCCCAAAAGUUAGCCAAGCAAAUCCAACAACUAACCGAGCAACGAAACAUUUUUCAACACCGAUAUCAAGGACAGAGAGACCAGUUAACGAUUACCGAGCAGGAAUUAGCCACUAUCACCAAAAAUCAUGCUAAUUGUCCCACUCCGACAGAAAUAGAACAAGCCCAAAAAGAUUUACAACAAAUUCAGCAACAAUUAAUUCAGGAGCAAACUACUCAUACUCAAACUAUUCAAAAAUUAAGACAAGCCGAAGCCGAAAAUAGUGAUUAUGAGGAACAAAACAUUUAUUUCCAAGAACAAGCCGAAGUUCUAAACAGUAAUUUAACCAACGAAAAAUCCGCCAAAGAAAAACAUUUAAAAAACUACCGAAUUGCCUUGCUACGUUUAGCCACUCAAAAACGAAAAGCCAAAAAACAAAGCCAGCAAGACCACGACAACUAUCAGCAACUAAUUAAAGGUUGCCAUGAAACUACUCAUACUAAUUUUGACACUUACGAAAAUUACCUAUCUAACAUUUUAAAGGUAACUGAUUUAAGUAAUUUACCCCUUCCGCCAACUGACUUAACUACUUUAAUUAAUUUCUAUCUUAACCCUCCUACUCAUACUUGUCCGCCUUGCUCCCUGCCUCAUUUACCGGAACCCCAUGUUUGCCCACUUAACCAAAUUAACUGCUCGCACACUGACUACGAGCAAAUCAAAACCGAACGAGAUGAUUUAAAUGCCAAAUUAAACCAGUCCCAGCAAGAUUACCAAAAACUCCAAAAGGAACUAAACCAGCAAGAGCAAGAAAUUAUUAAUUUGCGAGAAUUAUUAAAGCAACCGCCCACUAUUAUUAGUAAAGAUAAUGAGGAAUGA